AUGCAUUCUUCUCUUUUGGUUCGUCGUACUAUCUCUGCUCGCUCUGCCAUAAAGGCAUCAAGGUCAUACUCAGCGGCUGCUUCUACCCCUACAACUGCAGCCCCAGCUGUUCCUUUGCAACAUCAAGAAUUCAGUUCCAAAGAUCAAGAAAUGACCCAUAAUACCAUCCAUGCAUUAUACAACACCGAAAACCAAUCCAUGCUCGACCAUCCUGUUUUCUCUUCAAGUAGCCAGCAAGUGCAUAGCGUGGCCUCUGAAUUUACCCAUUCAUCUGGUGCUGAUUGUUUUAGUCCUACGUUUAACACUGUGUUUGAUGAAUAA